AUGAGUGCAUUUGCUGCAUUUCGCAAAAAAUCGGUUACUGAGCUCUUUAGCAACGAAGAAGAAGACGAUGAGGAAAUAAAAUACGAAAUUGGUUCUUCCGAUGAAGAAGUAGAAGAUAAGCAGAUUAUAGACUCCGAUAGGACGCGACCCAGUAGUGCUACUCCAACAAUAACUCCAUCGGUAUCCCGUUUAGUGUUAGUCCCCGAGAUCUCUGAGUCAAGGUUUAUUCCCGACGAUGAUAAUUUUCUAGUUUUUGACGACCAUAUAAUCGUGGGACUCAAAACAAAUGAGUAUCUUCUUGUUUCGGGCCAAUGUAAAAUCACAGUACAACGAGGAGCAGUGAAGUUAAACGAGGUUGAUUACCACCACGCCGACCCAGAAAGGUCAAUUUCAAUUGUUGCAUCUUUUUCCCAGUCACUUCCUAUGAUUUCAAGUACGCAGAUUCUAGACAGAGAUGGUGUUCGAGAUACCCAAAACGACCAUAACAAGCAUUUAUUUUCGAGCGACUAUAAGUCUGUAGUGAUGAUCGCCAAUUACUCCACUGGAGUAGAAGAUAUAGGACUGUACUGGCGACCGUUCAAGAGAUUCUUUGGAUUUGGUGGAGAAUCCGAUGUUGAACUGCUUGGAGAGAUGGAACGACUCUUCCAGUCAUACACCUUCGAGAUUGUGCUCCGUAACAAUGGGUCUUUAGGAAUGAAUCUUGACGCAGUAUGGGGUACAGAUCUCAAAAGUUUAUGCGAGAAUAUAACUGAGGACCUCGAAUCCAGUGUGACAAUGAUAAUAGGCAACAAGAACAGCGGCAAGUCAACUCUCUCAAAGACUCUUACGAACGCCUUAUUAUUGAAACAAAGACUUCCAGUGGCAUAUUUGGACCUAGACCCGGGUCAAUCCGAGUUUUCUGCUCCGUUUACGUUGUCUCUUACACUCAUACAUGAGCCUAUUUAUGGCAUGUAUCUCUUCAAUCCCCAUGAAGUGGUCUCGUCACACUACUAUGGGUUCACCACCCCACAACAGCACCCAGACCUAUACAUCUCCAUUGCCAAAUCACUUUUGCAUAGCUUCAUAAGCAAGCUCAAAUCACAGGGAAUAAAUCUUGUGAUAAAUACACCAGGUUGGAUCAAAGGGUUUGGAAUGGAAAUUUUGAACAACAUUUCGAAUGAACUCGAACCAGACCAUCUAAUCUUAUUAUCAGGAAGUCUCGAUCCAGGGAGCCCUGAAAACGCUGACAUACUAUCCACAAUCACCCACAAAAAAUCCCACAUUUUUCAAGGAAUUUACCAUCAAUCAAAGUACUCUCCAUCUCAAUUACGAACUUGGAAUAAGCUAUUGUACUUCCACAGGCAAAACACUCCAAGCGGACUGCACUUUGAUUUCAAAACUCACAUUCUAGAUAAACCCCCAUUGAGACUACCAUACCAGGUUGAAGAAGACCCAUCGUUUUGCGGUUUGAACUCGGUUCUGUUCCUCAAUGUGGAUCCAUCAGAAGUUGGCAAGGAUAAUAUUGCGUUACUUUUGGAUGCCUCUAUCGUUGGAUUCUACCUUAUAGACUACGAGUACUACUCUUCGUACCAAGGACUACAACUGAUUUCUCCCGACCAACCUCUAAUCAUGAGACUGGCAUUAUACUCUGAUAUGAUCGAUUUUCGAGCAACUGAGGUCCUGUUUGCGGGACUUGGCAUGAUCCACAGUAUCGAUACUGCGAGACAUUGCUUUAAUAUUUACCUACCAUUUUCCGUCAAAGAAAACUUGGAGAAGCAUUUAUCCAAUGGAAUGAAGUUGGUAAUGGUUAAAGGCGAGGGCGACAUUCCUCCAGCAGAGUUUCUCAAGCCAGAAUUGCUCAAAUCAGUAAGCAAAAAAUCGGCCGAUGGAAGCAACCUUCCACUUCCUUAUAUCAGUUUUGAAAGCAACAAGGUUGCUGGUGUGUGGAAGAUGCGCCGAAACGUCAUGCGUAGGGGCCAACGAUGA